AUGGAUUCACUGUUAAAAGAAGACGAGGCAAGAAUAAUUGAAAAUAAAAUUAGAGAUUUAAAUUUAGGUAUAUUAUCAACUAAACCAAAAGGUAUUGAAUAUUUACAAAGUGAUGAAAUUAUAGAUUGGAUAUCACGUAUAUUAAAUAUUAGUAGAGCCAAAGCAAUAGAAUAUGGCCAAUUAAUGUGGGAUAGAGGUGUAUUGGAGAUCAUUGGUUUACCAUUUGGAGAUAAUUCACAAUUGUUUUUCAUUAAACCAACUACAGCACAAACCGCAGCAGCAUUAGCAGCAUCCAAUGACGAACAAUCAUGGAAUCGAUUGAAAUCCGAAGCAUCCAAUAAGGAUAUGUCACAAGCAAAUCCAAUUUAUAAAUUACAUAAAUCAAUUGAAAAAGCAACCAAAGUAUAUCAAAGUUUAUUACGUGAAAAGAAACAAUCAACACCACCAAACACUCAUUUGGGUUUAAAGUUAUUAGAUGUUUGUUUGAAUCUAAUUAUGUCAAAUUCAAAACCAAAUCCACAAUACUAUCAAGUUUUAAAUAUGUUACAAGAUUUUCAGUCAUUACCAUGUGAUGAAUCUGAUAAUGCCUACUUAAAUCCUAUAGCAAGCAGUGAUAUAGAUCUUAGUGGUGGUGGAGGUGGCGGUGGUGGAGGUGGUGGCGGUGGUUUAAGUACAGCAAAAUUACAGCAAGAACAAAAUGAAAUUGAUGAAUUAAUUUUACAAUCCGAAAAAUUAGAAAAAUCAUUAAAUGAACAAAUAGCAUUAGUACAUAAUCAAACUUUACAAUUAAAAAAAAUGAUUGAAAAGAAACAACAUCAAUUAAAUUCUGUUAAAAGUGGUAAUACAAAUUCAAGUAAUAAUAAUAAUUCAAAUAAUAAUAAUAAUAAUAAUAUUUCAAAUGUAAUAAGUUAUGAAAAACCAACAACAAUUUAUCCAAAUGGAUUUGAAGAUCAUAAUUCAAUUUCAUUGGAUCGUGUAAAAAGUCAAUCAAAUAUGGGAUCAUUACGUGGUAUUGAUUUAGCACCAGUUGUAAUUGGUAGUGUACAAAAUCAAUUCCCUAAAUUUUUAAUAGUGGAUCCAAAGAAUGAUACUUUCACCAGUACAAUCAAUGGUCCAUCAGCCGAUGCAUUAGAGUCAACAUUUCAUAGUUGUUUUAAUAAUAAUUUCUAUGCUCGUACAAUUUCAACCUAUCCUCACUUACCAAAUCAUCCAAAACGUGAGGGUGACCCAAUUUGCGAUCAUUUCUGUGUACAAAUUCAAGCAAGUCGUAUCAUUGCAGCCGUUGCUGAUGGUUGUAAUUGGGGUUCCCGUCCAGCCGAAGCUGCAACCAGAGCAUCCAUUAGUUUUGUUGAUUUCAUGAGCAAAGCAUUGUCUUCAGAGAUUCAAACCGUUCAAGACGCUGGUAAUCACAUUUUAUCGGCCUUCAAUUAUGCACAUAAUCGUAUUGUCGAAGGUAAAUCCGAUAUUUGGGAAGCUGGUACCACAACAUUAUUGGGUGGUGUAUUGGUUGAACUUCAACAAAGCGAAGCAUCAAAACCAGAACCAUCAUCACAAUUGGGUCGUUCAGGUGUAAAUAAACCAGUUAUAGGAGCAAACUUUGCCAAUCUCACCGGUAGUGGUAUCGUUUCCAAUGGCCUAUCGGCUUCAGUAAACAAUGCUGGUUCCAUUGUAAAGGAUAUCAAUGCUCCACCAUCGAAAUGGGGUUUCAUUUGUGCUUCAGUUGGUGAUUGUAAAGCUUUCCACUAUUCUGCCAGCUCAAAGAAAUUCACAGAUAUCACAAAGAACAAUCGUGGUAAUGUUGAUGAUCCAAAAGAUCCAGGUGGUCGUCUUGGUCCAUACGUUGCCAAUGGCCAACCUGAUCUCAGAAAUCUUUGUCUCCACUUUUUACCUUGUAAUGAAAAUGAUAUCAUCGUAUUGAUCUCUGAUGGUGUCCAUGAUAAUUUAGAUCCUCAAACCGUUGGUUGGACACCAAGAGAUCUUCAAUUGAACUAUGAAAAUUGGUCCGAUAUGGAACCUGAUAAGGCUUUGGAAGCUAAAACCAAAUAUACUCAAGAAUUCCUCAAGAAAAAACUUAGAACUCAUGAUCAAGAACAAGAUCCUAUCACCGCCAAAUUUAUCACUGAAAAAUUGGUUGAACAUUGUGUUGAAACCACUAAAUCUUCAAGAGAAUUCAUGGUUAAUUUCCCUAAUAAACCUUUACCUGAUAAUCUCAAAGAAUAUAAAGGUAAAAUGGAUCAUGUAACAUGUGUAGCUUUUAAAGUUGGAAAACAUGCUCUUUAA